GUCACUGUUCUCUCAAGGAAAGAGAAGUACAGCAUUUCUAAUCACAGGAAUUAUCUUUAAACUCCUUAACAUUAAUGGUGAAUUCAUAAGACCAUGUUUUAAUGAAGAAGAAAUCGUUAACGUCUGUCGCCCAGACACCAACUCCAGCUGUCAUGACAAUGAGAUGGCCAAWUUUAAACUUAUCAAACUUGACGGGGUUAAGAUAGGUCACGUGCAAAAUAUGGAGUUAGAAUAUGGUCGAUUACACACCAUUAUAACUCGAGCCAUGAAACCUACAAUAUUUGAAAUUCCAAAUUUCUUAAGUAACGAGGAAUGUGAUUACAUCAUCUCACUAGCCAAGCAGAGUGGACUGGAGCAGAGCGUCGCGGGCUUUAUCAAAGAUACRUAUGAUGGUGAACUUGAUAUGGAGAUUAAUGCUAUCGAUGACACUAAGCCAGCAGAGGGUCCUGACGAGUUACUCGCUGAACGAUUUGAUACAUGGGAUAAAAAUGGAGAUUCACAGAUUGAUUUUACAGAGAUCGAGCAAUUUGCUUUUGAAUACGACAAGCUAUAUCUAAAAAAGGAAGAUGUCCAAGAUAUGCUCAAAAGAAUAGGAUUCAGURGAUAUGAAGAAGGUAUUAUAAAAGUGGAAGAGUUCGAAAUUUAUGGCGUGAAGAAGAUCCUAGCAUAUUUGCAUUUCCUCAAAGACAAACAUCCAUUACAUCGACAUCGGCUGAGUGAGCAGACAUGGCUUUACCGUAACAGAAGUGAUCCAGUUUUGCGCCAGCUAAUAGACAGAAUAACUAGACUGACCAAGUUGCCAUCUAAAUUCAUAAUUUCAAGUGAAGCAAUCCAGGUAGUUCAAUACAAGGAGAAUGGACAUUACCAUGGUCACUUUGAUUCAAACCCAACCGCUGACACCUUGUACUGUUGUCACCAAAAUGUGUUGAAAAGGGAGGAAUGUACGCUAUGCAGGUUUAUUACUAUUCUAUAUUACCUGAAUGACGUGGAUGAAGGAGGAGAGACAGCAUUUCCUAUAGCUGACCAGCAUCUUGAUCAUAGAACACAAAAAUCCAAUACAAGUAAACCCUUUGAUGAACUAAAUCUAAGUGAGCACUGCAAAAACGCUUCUCUAAUCCUCUCCCCUAAGAAGGGAACAGCAGUCAUGUGGUAUAAUYAUCAUAUUGAUCCCCAAACUGGAUACCUUGGUAAUCUGGAUCAACAUUCUCUUCACGGUGGUUGUGUUAUCAAGAAGGGCUCAAAAUGGAUUGCAAACAAUUGGAUUUCUGCUCCAACAAGCGUCACAGCUCAUAUUAAAAGUAUUUAUGGUGAUGAUUGAGCUUGGUAUUGGUUUCUCUGUUGCAUAAAAGAAGAGAUAGAAUGAGGAAAUCCAGUCUCUAUUUUGCUUCAAACUCGUACCCAGAUCCCGCACUCUUGGCAUCCAGUGGAAGCCCGAAUUCGUAAGAUACUCUGCGGAUGGCGUCAUUUCUCGAAGCGGAAUUGCUUGAAAAAGACGAAAGCGGCCAUUGUUUUAAUUCAAGAUUUAUUAUGUAUACGACUGGCACGAAUCUUUUAUAGCCCUAUUUAAGGAUGCGUGCGCAUGGAGUUGGAGUUGGAGUUGUCAUUGCCACUCCUCAAAUUCAAUGUUUGAGAUAGAUAGAUAGUUAGAUAGUUUUAUUAAUAAAUCAACAUUGCAGUCAAAAGACUGAAUUGCGUGAUAUUUACAAAUGAUACUAAAACAUGGAUAAAAUAUAUAAAUAGUAAUAAAA